GUUACACAAGAGCUAAAGAACAUUCAGGUUGAGCAGAUGACAAAACUUCAGGCCAAGCAUCAGGCAGAAUGUGAGCUACUUGAAGAUAUCAGAGCGUUCAGUCAGAAAAGAGCUGCAAUAGAGAAAGAAUAUGCACAGAGCAUUCAGAAGCUGGCUAGCCAAUACUUAAAGAAGGACUGGCUUGGAAUAAAAGCUGAUGAACGAAGUGAUUAUAGGAGCAUGUACUCAGUUUGGAAAUCACUUUUAGAAGGCACGAUGCAAGUGGCCCAAUCCCGACUCAAUAUCUGUGAGAACUAUAAAAACUUAAUUUCUGAACCAGCCAGGACUGUACGGUGCUUUAAGGAACAGCAGUUGAAGAAGUGCGUGGACCAUUUGACAAGGAUCCAAGCUGAAUUACAAGAGACAGUAAAAGAUUUAGCUAAAGGCACGAAGAAAUAUUUUGAGACUGAACAGAUGGCUCAAGCAGUUCGGGAGAAAGCUGAUAUUGAGGCCAAGUCCAAACUUAGUCUUUUUCAGUCAAGAAUAAGCUUGCAGAAGGCAAGUGUAAAGUUAAAAGCACGACGAUCCGAGUGUAAUUCCAAGGCUAUCCAUGCAAGGAAUGAUUAUCUUCUCACUUUAGCAGCUGCUAAUGCACACCAAGAUCGCUAUUAUCAGACAGACUUAGUAAACAUUAUGAAGGCUCUUGAUGGAAAUAUAUAUGAUCACCUUAAGGAUUAUUUAAUGGCAUUCAGCAGGACUGAACUAGAGACAUGCCAAGCUGUACAAAACACAUUCCAGUUUUUACUGGAGACUUCCAGCAGGGUGGUGCGGGAUUACAAUCUACAGCUGUUUUUACAGGAGAACUCUGUGUUUCACAAACCGCAGCCUUUCCAGUUCCAACCAAGUGACAGCGACACUAGUCGACAACUGGAAUCAGAAACUGGAACGACUGAAGAGCACAGCCUCAACAAGGAGGCUCGGAAAUGGGCUACUCGGGUAGCCCGUGAACACAAAAACAUCGUCCACAGCCAACGGACACUUGAAGAGCUAGAAUGCCACGGGCCUGUGAUGUCUGAGCAAACCCGAGCAGAACUGGAGCAGAAAAUAGAUGAAGCAAGAGAGAGUAUUCGCAAGGCUGAGAUAAUUAAGCUGAAAGCAGAAGCCCGUCUUGAUCUGCUGAAGCAGAUCGGUGUGUCUGUGGAUACGUGGCUAAAAAGCGCGAUGAACCAAGUGAUGGAAGAACUGGAAAACGAACGCUGGGCCAGCCUGCCUUCGGUGACCAACAACGGCUCUUCGCAUCUGAUUAACACUGAUGCAGAAAAGGAAGAAGGUGAAGAGUUUGAAGACAGCAUGGAUGUUUUUGAUGACAGUAGUUCUAGUCCUUCUGGUACUCUAAGGAAUUAUCCUCUCACCUGCAAAGUUGUUUAUUCAUAUAAGGCUUCUCAGCCAGAUGAAUUGACCAUAGAGGAGCAUGAGGUAUUGGAGGUCAUUGAAGACGGAGAUAUGGAAGACUGGGUAAAGGCACGGAAUAAAGCGGGUCAAGUGGGCUAUGUGCCAGAGAAGUACCUGCAGUUCCCGACGUCCAGCAGUCUGCUGAGUAUGCUACAGUCCCUUGCGGCACUGGAUAGUCGAUCACACACCUCAAAUAACUCCACUGAGGCCGACUUAGUCUCAGGCAGCCUGAACGGAGACUCCAGUGUCUGUUUUGUAAAAGCACUUUAUGAUUACGAGGGCCAGACAGAUGAUGAGCUGUCCUUCCCGGAAGGAGCGAUCAUCCGUAUCUUGAACAAGGAAAAUCAAGAUGAUGAUGGCUUUUGGGAAGGAGAAUUCAACGGACGCGUUGGGGUGUUCCCAUCAGUAUUAGUCGAAGAGCUUACAGCUUCAGAAAAUGGAGAGACUCAGUGGAUUGGAGAUAUUCAGGUAUCCCCGACUCCGAAGCCUAAUAAUGCCCUUCCGCCGCUGCCACUGUAUGACCAGCCUCCCACUAGCCCCUACCACAGUCCGGAUAAAAGAGGUUCUCAGUACUUCCCCAGAUCACCGUCAACUAACGAAAACAGCUUCAGUUCAGAGUCCCCCGGAUUCUCACAGCCCCCGCGAAUCCCUCCCGAAACUUCGUACGGCAAACUGCGACCCGUGCGAGCAGCUCCACCACCCCCUACGCAGCAUCAUCGCCGGACAACAGAGAAGAUAGAGGACGUGGAAAUUACUCUGGUGUAAUGAUCGGACUAGUUAAGUAGUAGUGCUACAAUCAAGACCAAACGCGGUAUUUGGUCGAUCUCGUUUUUAGGCACCUUUGCAUGAUGAAGACUUUUAAUAGAGCAAGAGAUAGGGAGGAUUUUAUGUGGCAGUGACAUGGUGGAUUCCUUCCCACAGUCAUGACUAUUUCGUGCCUUUUUUUUGUUUGUUUUGAUUUCUAUACGUCGUUCUUCCUCUCUUAGCACAAACCAAGACGGGCCAAACAGCGAGCAGAGGAUUGCCUUGGAGCAGGUUUCUCUCUUGGCUGAAGAUGGUCAAAUUUAUACGGAGGCUGAGGGAAGAGCCUCGUUCAUGCGACCUAGUCAUAGCAUACUUCGAUCACGUGCAUUAGUACAGUAUAUUACUGUUGCCAUAGGAAUGUGUUAAAGAUUGUCACUUCUUCAAGUAGCAUUACUCGUCUGAUUAGGUAUUAAUCAGAUCUUGCGGAAUGAAAAAGGGAACUGAAAAAUAAGUGUAAGGAGAGGCUGGCUCCUCUUGAAUCCCCUUGCAGAAAGGAAGAAACGGGAAAAUAAUCUUACAGAUAAGGAAAACUGAGGCAGAUCAUACGGCGUUAAUUACAUUAAUGCACACCUCUUCAAUAAUUAACAGUUAAACAGAACUAAAUGUUCUUUGUAUUAAUAUUUAUGCAGUACAUUUAGUAAUAGAGUAUCUAAUAUGGAGGUGCUGAAUUAGUAGCAACAUCCUGUUCCAUAGCAUAAACCGACUGGUAGAGAAGUAAGUGAGAUUUUGUCUAGAUCUGGAAAUUGAGCUUCAUUUUUUUCUUAGCAGAUUUUGGGGGUUUUUGUUUUUGUUUUUGUUUUUAAAAAAAGUAUUUGGGUCACUCUUAUCCCAGUUAUUGCCGUGUACUUUAUUAUCCAACGUUAGCAGUAUAUCUUUGUCAUCACAACAUCUGGCUAGAGUUAGAGGUUACAUUUAGAGUAUUUACACGCGUUAUUUAGUUUUUGCAUUGGAUGGUCCUGUAGCAUUUUCCCACGCGAAGCCCGUUAACGAGCCAAAGCCAGAGAGCCAGGAAAAGCUCCGGUUUCUGCGAAGCCUUCAGACCGCCUUUGUGGCCAAGACUGUGGUCUCAAAUGACUCCCAGGCAAGAAAUAGAGAGUAAAAGAAUUUCAAAACUAAUUUUCAGUCGGAGAGCUCUGAAAAGGAAGCUUUUUUGUCGUUGUUGUUUGAACGAAAAGGGCAGAGGAUAUUCUGAGGUUUAACAUGGAGAGAAACGGUCAGAGGAAGGGGAAAAAAACUGGAUGAAGACAGGUUUUUCUUUGUGUACUUCCUAAAUUAUUUUCAGCCAUCUCCAUCAGAUCAAAGCUUCAGUUAAAAGGCAUCACAAGGUUGGUUUUUUUGAGCUGUUAUAUGGGUUCUCUUGAAUGCGCUCUUAUGUCUUCACAUUUUUUUUUUCUAAGCCAGUAAGUUUUCUGCCUUUAGUUUACUAACAAGGGCUAUUUUUUGAGGCUGCAUUUACAAAAAAAAAAAAAAAAAAAGAUGAUCAUCUAACGAGAUUUUAUCAUAAACUUUGCACAUACUUAUAAAUCCCAACCCACGCUGGGUCUCCGAGACAUGCGUGUUUGCCAGUCUCCUUUCCCAGCGGGAUCUCUAAGCGAGAGCGGGGCUGUUUGAAGAAAACAAUUUGCGGAUCAGUUAGGAAAUCGGUGACUGUCCAAUGAAGUCUUUUCCGUAUUUUCCAUUCUUUUGCACCUCUUGUCCUGUUGAUCUGUUUGAGGUCUUUUUAUGUGUUUAUCAAACUUAUUCUUAAGUUUAAAGAAAAAAAAGAAAGUUUUUAAAAAAGAUUUAACUGUUUGUUUGCAAAAAUUUUGAAAGCUUCACAAUGCAGAGGAGAAGCAAGUAUUGCCAUAACGUUCAUGUUCGAUUUCUUUGGCCAGUUUUUCUGUGUCCUUCAU